AUACAGCUCUCUCGACGCUGUCGACAUCGCCACGGAACCUGCGAACUAUUUUCCGUGUAGACUGUUAGAAAAAUUCCGACGCAGACGCUACUUCAUCAUCACUCGACAUUCGAGUGCCAACUGUCUUCGGAGUAUCAUAGUCGGCAUCAGCAGCAUGGGCAGAAGGAAGAGCAACCGUAAGCCUCCCCCGAAGCGCAAGGCGAUCGUUCCUCUGGACAUACUUUUUGACUGUCCGUUUUGCAAUCACGAGAAAGCUUGUGAAGUGCUAAUGGACAAGGGUCGAAGAACUGCAAGAAUUACCUGCAGAAUCUGCUCGGAGGACUACCAGACCAGCGUCAACGCCCUCUCCGAGCCGCUCGAUGUCUACAACGAUUGGAUCGACGCCUGCGAAGCCACCAACAACUGACGCGGCGUCGUGACGCAGAGUCGUUAUGCUUCCGGUCUGGACAUUUUACUACACCCUCCCCUUCAACAAGUACACGGAAAAACUUUUGGUACCCUGGGAGCUUUAAAAAUUAUACACAUAAUUUAUUUGGAGUCCUCACGACGCGGUUUUGACUCUACGUUAUAUUAUUUUAGAAGCUCUGUACAUCCGAGAUUCUCGGAUGUACAGAGACUCCAACUUGAAAUCCUGGGGCGCCCAAUUCCCGACUGCAAGCCAUUCCCCCACCACGCGAGCGUGUUUAGGCACACGAAGAAAACGGUAGUGGGGGAAGCCUGCAUCUCGGCCCGCCUCGGCAUGCAUGCCAGAAUGGGGGCCCCAGAGAUCCAAAAGUGGAAUCUCUUAGACUCCAAGAGUUUCGGACUACCCAGAGUGCCAAAAGUUUUUCUAUGUACUUAAAUAAUACUCAACGAACUUCAUCAUGUAACCCAAAAUUUCCAAUCAUGUGACUUAAAAAUUAAUAAAGCUCAUGAAAAAUCAAUGAAAAAA